GUUAACACGCGACAUGUUGCGGCGUGAGAUUGAACAUCAAAAUCACAGCAAACAUGGCUCAAAUCUCAUCAUCCAGUUACUGGAGGGACUGCUGCUUAAUAACUCGUAUUCGCGGUAUUUUUCCUAAUGGUUUUAAAACCGAAAUAGGCGAAUUGUUUAAAAUGUCGGUACCUGUGUUCCUGUCCCAAAUUAUGGUAUUUUUUGUGAAUUUUGUGAGUACCAUUUUCUGUGGUCACCUGGGCAGAGUAGAGUUGGCAGCGGUGUCUUUGGCCAUAUCAGUAAUUAAUGUUACAGGUAUAUCAAUAGGAGUUGGUUUGUCCUCAGCAUGUGAUACUCUGAUUUCACAGACUUUUGGAGGUGGAAAUCACUUCAGAAUUGGGGUAAUUCUUCAACAGGCCAUACUCAUUCUAUUACUGGCAUGUUUUCCCUGCUGGGCUAUUCUAAUUAAUACUGAGCCCAUCCUGCUGGCAGCGAGGCAGGAACCUGAGGUAGCCAGGUUGGCUCAAAUGUAUGUGAAGAUCUUCAUGCCAGCCCUUCCUGCAACAUUUAUGUUUUCCCUUCAAACAAGAUAUCUACAAAACCAGGGAAUCAUAUGGCCUCAAGUUAUCACUGGUUUUGUGGCCAAUAUCCUUAAUGCUCUCAUCAAUUAUAUUGUCAUCUUUGUUCUGAAUCUGGGAUUGAUAGGCUCAGCUGUAGCUAGUUGUCUGUCUGAGUUUGUUAUGGUUGGACUUCUAUGGGUCUACAUUGUCUACAAAGGUCUCCAUAAGGCAACAUGGGGAGGCUGGUCCAGAGAUUGCUUAAAGCAUUGGAGUUCAUACCUUCACUUAGCCAUCCCCAGUAUGGUCAUGCUGUGUGUUGAAUGGUGGACAUAUGAGAUUGGAAUCUUUUUAGCAGGUCUAAUAAGUGAAGUGGAGUUAGGAGCUCAAUCAGUUGUUUACCAGCUGGCUAAUAUUGCAUACAUGUUUCCCAUGGGAUUUAGUGUGGCUGGGAGCGUAAGAGUUGGAAAUGCGCUGGGAGCAGGAAAUACAGACCAAGCAAAGUUAUGCACUAAAGUGACAAUGUUCUGUGCAGGAUCAGUGUCUGUCUGCUUGGCCAUGCUUAUAGGAGGCCUCAAGGAUCACAUCUCCUAUGUUUUUACAUAUGAUGAACAAAUUAGGGAACUUGUUUCUGAUGUUAUGUCCUUUUAUGCUCCAUUUAUUCUCCUAGAUGCAACCUCAGUUGCUUGUGGGAGUAUUAUCCGAGGAGCAGGUAAACAAAGAAUUGGUGCUGUGUGCUACUUUUUGGGCUAUUAUGGGAUUGGGUUUCCCAUUGGAGUGCCCCUCAUGUUCGCAGCCAAACUAGGAAUAAAAGGUCUUUGGAUAGGUUUGUUUAUCUGCUUGUUUCUACAAUGUUCAUUCAUGAUUGUCUACAUUGUUCGAAUGAGUUGGGAAAAGGCAACAGCAGAGGCCAAGAUUCGAGCUGGAGUCAGUGAAAACUCUGAAGUUGUGCAGAGUGAUGGUGCAGCAGUAGAGCAGUCAGACCUCCUGGAGCUGGUCCACACUGGGCCUUCAGCAGCAGAUGAGCUUUCACACACAGCUCUGAUGCUGCGCAGAGGCCUGGCCCUGGCAGGCAUGCUCUUCAUCCUGGCUGUGGGAAUCACUACAAAUCUAUUAGUCCAAAAUUUGAUAACAUGAUUUAUGAGUUAUCGUGUUAAUUGUUGGAGUAAUUAAGGCAUUAAUCCUAGUAGUUAUGUGUCUGUUUGUAUCAAACAAGAGGAUUAUUGGUAUGUCAUCAAGGUUCUGACUGAAGAAACACACUAAAUGUAACACCGUUAUAUCAUCCAAAAUUAUGAUGCAAAUCAGAUGAAAUGUAAUUAUCUUUUUGUAUCAUUUUGAAUGACUAGAGCUGAAAAAUUACUAGAGUAAUGUGUACUAUUGGGCCAGUAUAAAGAACUAUUAUAUGCUUCUGGCAAAGGCACAAUCAAAUGGAUGGUUAUUCCUAGAGCAAAAAGUCCAGCAACAGAUAAAACAGUGAUUCCUCUUCGGACGAUGAGCUGAGAUGAGGACAGUCGACCUCCUGACCCUGCUCUCUGUCUGUCAGCACAAUCAGUUGUGUGGGAAUCAGGCAUCUGUAAUAGAAAGACACAAGAUACUACACAUAUGUUGUAGAUAUUACAUAAAAUAUUAUAUUACAUCAAGCACUGUAACAAACCCACAGUUUGUGGUAGGCCUGUGUCAUUGUUCUUAUGGGCUCGUUUUAAAGCCUAAAAUAAAAAAAAACAUAUUUUAUACACA